UGCUCAAACAUUCAUAUUUCCACGUGCUGCAGAGGUGAGACACGGGCGACCGAUACAUGUUCGACAGUUCCCACUAUUGACUCACGUGACCACCGCACAUAAAUAGAGGGCCGGCGGCUCAGGAGCCACACUUCGACUCCCAACUGUUCACCUGCGAGCUGCUCGGCGGCAGGACGCCUUCACGGCCACGCGGUCUUCCGCGUUCCUUCCCACCUUCUCCUGCGCUCUCGCCUCCGGCCUCUUCGCUCCUCCCCGCGCCCGUUAUUAAAUGCCCGCUUGCUUCGAUCAGCUGCAGUUCAAGGCAGUCAUGAGCGAGCAGCUGUAGGCUCGGCGCCUGCAUCAUCCCGACACCCGGCGAACGUUUGCGCGUCCCCCUCCUCCUCCUCGCCUCCUCCGGGACUCCUCCACGAUGAAGACCAUUCUUGCUGCGUACUCGGGCGUCCUCAAAGGCACCGGAUCCAGCAUCCUCUCAGCCCUGCACGACGUGCCACUGGGGUCCUGGCCCUACAGAUCCAAAAUGGAAAAACAAAUACAGAUCAUCUCUGUGAUGCAGUGGGUCCUUAGCUUCUUGGCCUUGGGUGCUGCCUGCACUGGGCUGCUGAUCUACAUGUUCUGGACGGAUUGCUGGCUCAUUUCUGCCGUGUACACCGCCUGGCUCAUCAUCGACUGGAACACUCCCAAAGAAGGUGGGAGAAGGUCGUCAUGGGUGAGAAACUGGACUGUGUGGUCGUAUUUCCGAGACUACUUCCCAAUCAGGCUAAUUAAAACCCACAACCUGCUGCCCAACCGUAACUACAUCUUCGGCUACCAUCCCCAUGGCAUCUUCUGCUUCGGCGCCUUCUGCAACUUUGGGACCGAGGCCACCGGCUUCACCAAGAAGUUUCCAGGUAUCAAGCCCUCCCUGGCUACACUGGCUGGGAACUUCCGCUUGCCUGUCCUGCGAGACUACUUGAUGUCUGGAGGUAUCUGUCCCGUGAAUAGAAACUCCAUCGACUACUUGCUGUCGUGUAAUGGAACAGGAAAUGCCGUGGUUAUUGUUGUCGGAGGAGCGGCGGAGUCUCUGCACAGUGUGCCGGGCAGGAACACUGUCACCCUGAAGAAUCGCAAAGGCUUCGUGAAGUUGGCCCUGCAGAAAGGGGCUGACCUGGUUCCAGUCUAUUCCUUUGGAGAGAAUGAUGUGUACAAGCAGGUGAUCUUUGAGGAGGAGACCUGGUCAAGAGCCGUUCAGAGGAGGCUACAGAAGUUGUUAGGCUUUGCCCCGUGUCUCUUCCACGGAUGUGGCUUCUUCUUUGGCAACUCAUGGGGCAUAGUGCCAUACAGCAAGCCGAUCACCACCGUAGUUGGGGAACCUAUCACUGUACCAAAAAUUGAAGCUCCCUCUGACGACGCGGUGGAUCUGUACCAUGAAAUGUACAUAAAAUCUCUCCAAUGCCUUUUUGACCGAUACAAGACCCGCUUUGGCUUAAAAGAGAGUGACAUCCUGUACAUCCAGUGAAAGGCUGAAGUGGGGCUGGGGGCUGUUAAAGCUCUGAACUGUGGCAGCAUCCUCAGAGGCCCCCUGUGCUGCCUUUUCUUGUCCAAGCAUAUUUUGUAAAGAAGCUUUCUCUUUGUGUUGUCUUAUACCACACAAGUGCACUCUUUCCUUGGGAAAAGCAGGUUUUGAACAAUAGUGCCUCACUCUUUGCACAUGCCACCACAAUAAAUGACCUUGAUUGGGAGGUAAAAUGUAUUAGAAAUUGUGCCUUUGUCUGCAUUUCCAUUUUUGAAUGAAGGCAACUAAUGUGAGCAAUAUGAGUGUUGAGUGUCAAGCCGCUGGUGAACAUUGGAUUUUGAAUGUGUGCUAGUGUUUUCUUCUACUCUUUAUUUAGUUCUCUCCAAAAGUUUUGGGAUAUGCUGAACGUACGAAUAAUGCAAAUUGAAGGUUCCACUUUAUCACUGGGAGGAGCCCUAAGGUUGUUGAGCCAAAGUCCAAUGUUGCCCCUGAUUGUACAUGUCUGUAUCGCCACUGUGAAAACGCUGAAGGAGUUCUACAAAGUGGAUUCAUAUUAAUGCACAAUUCAUGUGUGCCUGAUUUUAUAGUGCCAUAUAGUAUUAAUCUCCAGAAAGGGGAAAAGGCCUGUUUUUAGUGCUUGUCCUUGAUUGAAUAUUUCUCAUGCACUUUUUGUAUUGCUAAUUGCAUUCGUAGAAUUUGUUUGUACUGGAACUGGAAAGUGUUUUUUUGUUUUUUUUGAGCUGCAGCUGAGGACGAUAAAGUAAUGUUGUUUUGGGACGCUUGAUAUUUGAUAAUUUCACGGAAGUGCACCACUUUGUAACUGUGCCAGGGGUGAUAAUCAGAAAGGAAGGGACUGCACCAGGUGAGGUCUUGCUAGUUGUAUUAAGUUAUAUUUUAGAGUGUCACUGGUACUUGUGUAAAAUAUGUGAAUAUUUCUUGUGAAUUAUCAAAAUAAGUUAGCUCAUCAUGUUGAUGGGCAUCACAUUAUAGGAUUGUCAAGUGCAAUUGUUUCACCACCAAUGUUUCACCAUAGAGUAACAUUUGUUCACUAAUUUAACGAGCAAUAAACACAGAUCUGUCUUAA